UAAGAUGUGUUUGCGGACCGCCAUAAAACCAAAGAAGAAGAAGUAGCUAGCUUGGCUAACCACAUCAGCUGUGUGCCACAUUUUCGUGAAGCUUUUGAACAGCGUUGCCAUCCAGACCUUUUUUUGUUGUUGCCAAGACUGAGCUCUAGGACCAGACAUGGCACGUGGUCAUCAAAAAGUCCAGUCUCAGCAGAAGAAUGCCAAGAAACAAGCGGAGGCCAAGAAGGCCAAGGGACAUGAUCAGAAGACGGCCGCAAAGGCAGCUUUAGUGCACACCUGCGGUGUCUGCCUGUCACAGAUGCCGGACCCCAAAACCUUCAAGCAGCAUUUUGAGAGUAAACACCCCAAAUCACCGAUGCCCCCAGAGCUGGUCGAUGUUGACUCUGGCAUCUGAACCGGACUCCCACUGAAGAACCCAGCUAUGUUCCUUGUUUAAGGCAAACUGUCAAUGCUGAAAACAAACCCAUCUCUCUUAUCCACACCCUCAAACAGACAACAAACCCUCUCUCUCUUAUCCACACCCUCAAACAGAAAACAACCCCCCUCUCUUAUCCACACCCUCAAACAGAAAACAACCCCCCUCUCUUAUCAA